GCUUCAGAGGGCCACAUGGCAAGUGCUGCAGGUCAUCCUGUAAGCUGCAAGCUCUCUUCGUGGGACAUUAUUCGCUUCAGCAAGUUCAUUCAGAAGGUGCUUAGCAAAAGAAGAGGAAAACCCAGCAUGGCAGCAGACAGCAACACGGCUCCUGAAGAAAAGCCAAGCGCUACCCCUGCGAAAAGGGCUGUCCACAAGAUCCGAAUGGCCAGCCUGGUCUUCAGCUUGGCACAAGGCUGGCAGCAGUGGGCAUCUGACCACCACGUAAAGCAAGCCCAGGAGCCCUCUGGAUGGGUCCCUUCAGCAGAAGACUCAUCAACUCAGCCUAUACAAGAAAGACCCUUUGAAAAAUGGCCAAAUCCAUGUGUCAAGAGGGACCAAGGAAAAGACGGUGAAAAAUCCUCAGCAAAGGAAUCAGUGAGAGAUGCUGAAAAAAAUGCAAGGGAAUCAGAUGAAGCCCUCAAAAAAUUCAGCAUUAAAAGCAAAGAGGUGACCAAAACAGUUGUUAGCAAAGCCUACGAACGAGGAGGUGAUGUUAGCCUCCUCAGUGGAAGAUAUGAGAAUGACAAUAGUAGCUCAGAGACAAGCAAGCUUACAGAAGAAUCAAGCACUAUUGACAAAACUCUAAGUGGCAAAUUAUCUCCAACCAUAAGAAGAAAGUGUUCAAAUGUGGUAUCGGAGCUGACUAAAGGCUGGAAACAGAUGGAACACGAGGAUGAAGAGGCGGCUAAGGAAGUCCUGCUGCUUAAAUGUCGUGGUGACAGUGUGGAUACAGUGGACAGUGGCUAUGGGGAAGCAGACGACAAACUCGAGCAAGAAGACAGCGACCAAGAAGUGACAGCUGUGAAGAUUAAACGACCUGCACCAUCUUUUGCAAGCAGGUUCAGGGAAGAAGCACGCACCAGAGCCCACAGGAAACAAGGCCCUGUCAACAGCCUGAAGGACCGAUGGCAAGAAUGGGCCGACCAGCACAUCAUAACGCAGAAGCUGAAUCCCUUCAGCGAGGAAUUUGACCACGAGCUGGCCAUGUCCACUCGCCUGCGCAAAGGAGAUGAAGGCUACGGCCGUCCAAAGGAAGGAACCAAAACUGCUGAAAGAGCCAAGAGAGCCGAGGCCCACAUCCACCGGGAGAUCAGGGACAUGUGCUUCAUCAUCGAAUCCAUGGCUAAGCCACGGCGCGACGGCAAGAUCCAAGUCACUUUUGGAGAACUCUUCGACAGAUACGUUCGUAUUUCAGAUAAGGUUGUUGGGAUUCUCAUGAGAGCUAGGAAACACGGGUUGGUGGACUUUGAGGGAGAAAUGUUAUGGCAAGGAAGGGAUGAUAAUGUCAUAAUUACUUUAUUAAAAUAAGCAAGCUAUAACGAUAGCAACUUGUUUUGGAAAAUGAAUUCCAAUUCUCCCUUGCUAUUAGUGUUUGCACAUCUUGAAUACAGAUCGCCCCGUUCACCCAUAUAGAAAAGACUCUGAGCAUUUUUCUGAAUAUGUGUUUUAUAACCACUGCAAGAUAACAUAAGCAUCCAAAUGGAUUUUACUCUGUACCAGGAGUGCUUGCAGGACAGUUCUGUUAAUAGCUACAUGAAAGAUAAAGAGAAAAACCUAUAUUGAAUAUUAAGCAACUGAAUAUAAAACCCCAUAGCAAUAAAACAGCUGCAAAUGAAUUCCAAGUUUUACUUGUUCUCACAUUUAAGAUCUUAACUAUUGAAACUGGGAUACCAGGAAUAUAAACCACACCAGACCAGAAACUAAACAACAAUAUAAACUGAGACCAAAUUUUUGAUGUGUGAAAGCGAUCUUGUGCACAUAUUUCCAAAUUAAUUUAUUUAAAUACAUGUAAAAUAGUUUUAUUUGAGCACAACAUCAAGGAUACCACGUUUGUUUCCUUCACAAACAGGAUAUGCAAAUACUACUGCAGUAUUAUCUUGUGACAAGUAUUGACACAACUUUCAUACCACAUUCAAACUAAGAAAAAUAUCCUUCUUUUUAUAAAUGAGGUUUUAUAUUUAAUGUAUUUAUACACAUAAUUUAUUAUUUUCAUAUUUAGAGUUAUGGAUGUUGGGAGAGAAAACAUUCAAUAGAACGUAAUGCACAAAAAAGUUUUGAAUAGAUACCCAUAUUAAAAAAAUACUUUCUAUGCAAUGUAUCAUCUGAUUGUUAUGUAAAUAUGGUUCUUCUAGAUAUAGGUGGAAAUAACACGUAACAUAUAAAGUCUAUGUUGCUUACUGAAUUAUAUAGAUCACUGUUUGCAUAAACUACUACUGUAAAAAUAGCUAUCCUGGUAAAAAUGAGCUUCACAUGAAAAGCAAUUGUUUCAGAGCAAGAUGUCUGGGCAAGUAAUUUGCAUAAUAAAAAAUGAAUGUGUUUUUUUCACCCCUAUAAGAUUCUUUCAAACUGAAAGAAUAAAUAUCUUCUUACAGAAGAAAAGGUGUAGGAACAUCUUGUGUCUUUGAUAAAACAAGCGUUGCUAACUUAUUAUAAGAGUACAGGUACCUGAGUUGGAAGCUCCAAUGAAAACAUAAAUGAAAUGUUUUAUGACUUGGUGAUACAAGAACUGAUUACUAUGUGUAGGUCUAUGUAAAUCAUUAAUAUUUUAGGCACAGUUUUAUGUUGUGAAUCUAAGAAAGAAAAAAUUAAUUAUAAGAUGGAUUCAGUGGAACUUAAUGUUUUCUUGAGAUCUCUCAGACUACUCAAGUUGACCUGUAAAACUGACCUCUGAGUGUAAUACAUGUCAGAAUACUUACCUGCAUAUUCUUACCUUAUUCUUUGUAUCUUAAUAAAAUGACUUUUACAACUAAA